AUGGCUCAUGGGACCUUUUUCACCGAUAGCUGGGUCCAUGAGUAUGUCGAUUUCAAAAUCCCAUUUCGAUCUAGAUGGACGAUCACGCAACUCAUAUCUGAGUAUCCUCACCAACAGAUCGUGGAACAUGAGGAGCACGAUACCGAACCCAAACUAUCCUAUUCUAGGGCCACAUUCCUCUGUCGAAACGCGCGAAACCCAUCUCAACAAGCUUUCCUGAGAGUAUACAUGCAAAUCCCACACCGAGGCACAGAAGAUGAGCCUGAUUUCGUACGGUCAGCGCAGGCAGGAACCCGCACCCACGAUGAUAUCGAAGCCAUGGCCCUGUUCCACAACAAGCGCGCAAAGCACCUCCCACGAUGUUUGGGCAUGAAAGAAAUAAAACAAGAUAUUCUCGGCUUGGUUCCAGGAGGUUACAUGUCUUAUCUGUUGUGGGAGAUGCUUCCCGGUAUUCGUCUGAAUGAGAAGAGGUUUUGGUCGUUCGACAAGGCAGAGCGUGAUGCCAUUCGGGAAGCCUUUACACCUGCAUAUAAAGAGCUUUAUGGUCUUGGGUUGAAGCCUUUACACUGCGGUCCGAGCCAUUUGCUUUGGGAUUGGGCGUACGACAAAAUUUACAUCAUCGGAUUUGGCUUCAUGGUUCCAGCUUCUGCAGAUAAUACUUGGGAGGAGAAGAUUCACGCAGCGUGGGGACUGGCGAUUCCUCCGGAAGACGGGAAAUGGAGGGAGAUGGGUUGUGUUCCUGAAGCAACAAAGGGAUCGGAACCCUGA